AUGAGAAGGCGAUUCCUUGCGUUGGUGCCGGCUGUCAUGGGAGCUGCGAUGAAUAUGGAGGUGAGCCCAGAAGGGCGGCCGUUGCACUGGGGGAUCAAGGCCCCUCUGGAGGUUGCCUUCACCGAGGAAGCCCAGCCAGGUUACUAUGGGAUGCCAGGGCCCAUGCCCAUGCAGCCCUCUUAUCCCUCCAUGAAUGCGCCGGUGCAGAUGGCACCGGCACCGCAGCCCCAAGGAGGUGAACGAUCCUCCAACGAGCCGCAGGCCUUCGGCGGCCUCCGCGAGUACGACAUGACCCUUCCCUUAGAUGCAGGGCUGCACCUGGAGUCCGACGAUGGCGUCUGGAUCUCCUCCAGGUCCGACGGCCCACGCAAGGACGACGAGAACUACGACACGAACACGCUGCUGUCCAUCCCGCGGCAGAUUUACGAAAAGGUGAGCGGAGAGGUGGGAGGACAGCUGGUUUGCACAACAAGCCAAGACCAGCCGCUGGUCCAAUUGGCUUCGGGCGGAAACCGCUCAAAGGGCACUGAAGAGCCCUGGGGCCGACAUGCCAAGGCAGAUGACCUCGAAGCCCGAGAAGACGCACGAGACGACCGGGAAGGCGGUGCUCGCCGCGAGGGCCGCCGACGAGGUGCAGCAGAUAGAGACUGGAGACAUGACCUCUUCAACUAUGCCACUGAAAGGGAGCGGCAAGCACGAAACAACCGAGCUGGCUGGGGACACGACGACCGAGGAGCCUGGGGUGGGCAGGAUGUCCGAGACCGAGACCGAGAGGCACCACGGAAGCGCGGAAGAGGCUACGACGACCACGACUGGGAUCGGGGCCAGGACUGGCAGGCUCGUCCGGAGACUGCCGGAGGCGCUGCAGCUGCUGCGCCGUCGUUCAAGCCCGCAGACGACGAGGAGACGCGCAAGCGCCGCAAGCGAAUGGCAAGUAGCAAGACGGACGCAGACCUAAGACCAACUUUCAACACUGACCCACCUUCGUGUCUCCUUCGCAGCGCUGAGUAUCAGCUUGAUCCGUCUAAGGGCGGCGCCAGCCGCUGCGCAUGGGGAUGCCGGGGCCCAUGGGAUGCAGCAGGCUUUGCACGCAACGUGUGCCAGCCUCGCCGAUUCUGCCCGUUCUACGCGGCGGUACAUCGGUUAGAUCUUGAUGAGUCGCGGGUGCUGUGCAUUGGGAACAGCAAGGCGCGCUUCAUCAUCUCGACGUGUGACUUCUGCUUUGUCCAGCGGGCAAAUGACAACCUCUUGGAGGAUGCUGGCCAAGACCAAGACAAUGUCGAAAUUCACAGUGAUGAGGAAGAGGAUGCAUCCCUGGAGGACGUGUUUGGGGAUGUCGGCGGUGAAGAUCUGGCAGAGAGCGAGGUCAAUGCCACGUUCCCUUAUUACAGGUUCACUCUUCUCGCCACACGCGAACAGGGCUUCACCGGCGAUCUUGCUGAGUUCGCACUCUUCGAUCCGAAAAAUCAGCGGAUUGACUUAACUCCCGGAGGACCCGCUGUUCUGAGCGCAACGCUGGUAGAUGACAUGAACCAGACGAUUACCGGCAGCUGGGAUCCCAAGUACGCCCUGGACGGCGACCUGCAGACCAAAUUGAUGCUGCACGUGGGCUAUUCGUUAGAGCUGCGCGUUCAGUACGGGGUAGUCGUCGGCAGCGCCGGCUUUGUAACCUCGAAUGCGGCCCCGGAGCGGGAUCCGGCAUCCUUCAAAGUCUUCGGAAAGGCUUACUCGGGUCCCUGGAAAGUCCUCGUGAGUCUGGUGGGCUUCGAAGCCCCACAAGACCGCGGAGUGAUGGUUGGCCCUUUUCUGUGCAGUUCCAUGGGUGGUCGCCAAGCCGCUCCGCCGCUGGAUGGGCUGCCGAGCUGGAGGAAAGUCGACGGAUGGUCGACCACUUCAACGACGGAGUCUGAAACGACCACACCACGCCCUCCAGAAACAACUUCGACACUGCCGAAAACAACUCCAAAGCCUGAGCCAACAACAACGGAAGCUCCCGAGACUACGAAGGCACCACCCACAACCACCACCACGAAAAGCACAACUCCCGAGACGACAACAACAUUAUCCACCACGACGACAAGACGCACCACGUCAAGCAACCCACCGACGACAACGACAACUGCAUCAACCACUGAAUCCACGACUACCGUGCCGCCGACCACCACAGAGACAAAGACAAGCACCUCAACAACAACCACUCUGACAACUACCACCAUCACAACUACGGUUUUGACUCCUGAACUCGUUGGAAGCCAGGCAGCAUCAGAGGCGAGAGCCACAGGUCUGCCCGUCGACGAGCAGGCAGCAGCUGCAGCGAAGGCAGCUCUGGACUUCGCCAAGGAGCGGCAGUACACUUUGCAGCAGCAGCUUGAAGUCGCUGGUGCCGUGGCCGCAGCGGCCGUGGCGACCAGCGGUGGGAGCACGGAGGAGCAAGCUGCCGCAGCAGGCAUCGAGAGUGCGAAAGUUGGAAGUGGCGAUGGCCAAAACUUGGAGCAGCAGGCCUCGUUUGCCGGCCAGGCUGCAGCAGAAGUCGUCGAAAAAGCCCGCGGCUCAGCUGCCGCGCAAGCCGCGGCUGCAGGACAGGCUGCGGCGGCAGUCGCUCGAAACCAGAACGAAGGCACCGAGAAGCAAGCUGCUCUGGCCGGCCAGGCAGCAGCAGAUGCGGGAAGGUUAGCUGGCAUGACACCCGAGGAGCAAACUGCUGCAGCUGGCAGAGCAUCUGCUCUCGCAGCAAAAGCAGAGGGCGCAUCUCCCACGGAUGUUGGGUUGGACGCCGGCGAGGUGGCCGCCAAGGAAGCUGCAGAGUCCGGCGAGGGCGUUGGCGAGCAGAUCCAAGCGGCAUCACAGGCAGCUGCAGAGGCAGCCAAGUUGGCGGGCGGAUCCGCUUACGAGCAAGCUGCCAGUGCGGGCCUAGCUGCAGCAGAAGCCGCCAGAACACAGAUUCCGGAGCUGCAAGCCGCAGCUGCUGGCAAGGCCGCUGCGGAUGCCGCCAGGGCUGCAGGGAUGUCGGGAUCCGAGCAGGCAAAGCUGGCUGGAGAGUUGGCCUUCAACGUGUCAGCUGUGGCCGGGCUUAAGCUGGAGAAGCAGAUUUCGGCGGCUGGAACAGCUGCAGAGGAAGCUGCCAAAGCAGCUGGCAUGACACCGGAGGAACAAGCCGCAGCCAAGAGUGCGGCGAGGGCUGCAGCAAAUCCCACUGCAACUCAGACCCUGACCAGUGCGCCAUCUGCAGUCACGAAAGCACCAAGUCCAAGUCAGUCCAAGAAAUCUCCGCCAGCUGAACGAGAAAAGGAUCCUUUGGAUGCUGGCAAGGAGGCUGCGGAGCAGGCAUCGGCUGCUGGUAAACCAAUGCAGGAGCAGGCGGCAAAGGCAGGGGAGGCUGCCGCGAGCCUUGCAAAGGAUCAGCAGUACACUCCCGCUGAGCAAGUGGAAAUAGCCGGUAAGGCAGCGGCCGCCGCAGCGAAAACUGCUGGUGCAUCCAUGUCUAAGCAAGCAGAAGCUGCAGGCAUCGCUGCAUCCAAAGUCGCUGCUUUGGAUGGGCAAAGCUUGGAGCAGCAGGCUGCAGCCGCUGGCCAAGCUGGGGCAUCCGCCGCAAAGUCCAACGGCGUCUCGGCCUCCGGCCAAGCCGCGGCUGCUGGAGAGGCCGCUGCAGCAGUGGCGCGAAUGAACAACGAAGGGUCUGACAAACAAGCAGAGCUGGCAGGGGACGCUGCUGCAGAUAUCGCGCAGACCCUUGGGAUGUCUUCAGAAGAACAGACAGCUGCUGCAGGAAAUACGUCAGCCAGGGCUCUCAAAGCAGAGGGUGCAUCUCCCACGGACGUUGGGGUAGACGCCGGCGAGGUGGCCGCCAAAGAAGCUGCAGAGUCCGGCAAGAGCGUUGGCGAGCAGAUCCAAGCGGCAUCGCAGGCAGCUGCAGAGGCAGCCAAGUUGGCAGGCGGAUCGGUCUACGAGCAAGCUGCCAGUGCAGGUGAAGCUGCUGCAGAAGCCGCCAGAACACAGAUUCCGGAGCUGCAAGCCGCAGCUGCUGGCAAGGCCGCUGCGGAUGCCGCCAGGGCUGCAGGGAUGUCAGGAGCUAAGCAGGCAGUUCUGGCCGGAAAGUCAGCCUUCAAAGCGGCAGGUCUUGCUGGGAUGACGUCAGACAAGCAGAUCUUGUCAGCUGGAACAGCCGCAGAGGAAGCUGCCAAAGCCGCUAAUUUGACCGCAGCGCAGCAGGAGUCAGCGAAGGCUGCAGCCAUGGCCGCUGUUAGCCCCACCACCUCAACGCAGAAGCCGUCGACGACACAGAUGUCCACCACAAGCCUGACUACGGAGAGCACGACUACAGUGUCAAGAAUUACUCCGGAGGAUGCUGGCAAAGAAGCUGCCGCAGAAGCCAGCGCCUUGGACAAGCCUAUGGAGGAGCAGGCUGCUGCUGCUGCACGCGCUGCGGCGAGUGCUGCUAGUGACCUGCAAUACACCCCGCGGGAACAGGGCGAGGAGGCUGCCAAGGCGGCCGCAGCGGUGGCCAAAGCCACCGGGGCCUCUGUGGCCAAGCAGGCUGCAGUGGCAGGGGCCGCCACUGCCAAAGUGUCAAGCGAUCAGGGCCAGGCGGUGGAACAGCAGGCUUCAGAUGCGGGGCAAUCCGCAGCCGAAACUGCGAAGUCUGCAGGGGCGGCCGCCUACGAGCAGGUGGCAGCAGCAGGCCAGGCCGCGGCAGCAGCGGCGCAGGCCCAGAGUGAGGGCUCCGAGAAGCAAUCGGAGUUGGCUGGCGAGGCGGCGGCUUCAGCCGCCAAGCUGGCAAACAUGUCCGCUGAGGAGCAGGCCGAGGCUGCCGGGAACGCCUCAGCCAUGGCCGCCAAAUCCAAUGGUGCCACUUCCGUGGAGGUCGGUGUGGACGCUGGGGAGGUGGCCGCCAAAGAGGCCAAGGAGGCCAAGGAGACGGUGGCGGAGCAGAUCGAAGCCGCAGCAGAAGCGGCAGCCGAUGCAGCCAAAGCCACAGGCGCUCAAACGCCCGAGCAAGCAGCAAGUGCUGGCCAGGCAGCAGCCGAAGCGGCCAAGGAGGCCAAUCAGAUCCCAGAGCAACAAGCGGCAGCAGCUGGCAAAGCUGCGGCAGAAGUGGCGAAGGAUGCCGGCAUGUCCGUGGAUGAGCAGGCCUCCGUCGCGGGCACCGCGGCUCUGAACGCCUCCACUGCGGCCGGGCUCAACUACAAGGACAAGCUGCGAGCAGCCGGCAAAGCGGCUGCGGUUGCGGCCGAAGCGGCAGGUGCCAACGAGGAGAAGCAAUCUUACUUGAAGGUCGAGGUCAUCGCCGAGGCCGCUCGCUUGGUCUCGAAAUCGGCCGGAGGCUCCGCAAAGGAGCAGGCCGCCAGCGCGGGCAGGGCGGCGGCGGGCGCUGCCAAGGACCUGAAUGUCACCACUGUCCAGCAAGCGGCCAUUGCCGGCAAAGCCGCAGCAGAGGCCGCGAUGGCUGCCGGCGCUGCCGUUGAAGAGGUGGCUGCUUUUGCCGGCAGUGCAGCACACAAUGCCUCCGCAAGAGCCGGCGAAAACAGCGAUCGCCAGAUCAAGGCAGCCGAGGAUGCAGCGGUGGCGGGCUGCAAAUCUGCUGGCGGCAAGGCCGCCGACGUUCGUGCAGCUCGAGAGGCUGCAGUGGCUGCUGCGAAGGAUGCCCUCUCCGCUGGUGCACCAAAAAAGAAGACAAAUGCCACAGCCAGCAAAGGCGCGACCACGACCGCGGCUCCUGGCAAGAAUGCAACAACGAGCCGAGAAUCUGCCAGAACCACCAAGGCAGAGGAGGAAGAUGAAGAAGAGGACGAGGAAGAGGAUGAGACUACUCAGAAGGCCACCUCGACGACGAAGGCAUCUGAGGAUGACGAGGACGCAACAACCACGACAAAGGCGCCGGGCAACGAAGCAGACGAAGACGAAGAUGAAGUGACGACCACGAAGCUUGUGAGAUUCUGGUUCGCUUCCGUGCGGCAGCACAUCGUCGAGGCUUGCAGCUUUUCGCAGCCGAGGAACAAGGAAGCUCCGUUCUACCAUACCGACAAGUCGGUCGUGCACGGCUGUGCGCCGGUCUCACCGGACCUGGCCCCGGAAUCCCAGGUGCUGAGCAGCGCAAAGGUUGCGGAGGCGGAUCAGUCGUUCUUGGGCGAUCUGGAGCAGAAUCGAGAGUUGAUUCUUCUUCACAAGGAGCUCCUCGCCAAGCAUGAGCAGCUCUUCGAGAGUAUGCAGGCAAAGUCCUUGGCUGUGUUGGCCAAAGACAGACGCACGAAGAUGGAGGAAGAACUGAUCUCCGGGCUCGUCGCCUACGACGUGAGACCCGACUCCGAGCAGGACGAGGUGGCCGAAGCUGCAGAAACCGUUCGGCCUUCUUUCCACCGGGUGGACACCACUGUUCGGCCCUCGUUCCAGCGCGUGGAUACUUUCGAGAGCCUCGAAGAGAAGCUGAAAAUGCAGGAGGCAGAGCAGACGGCAUUUGACCUGACGGGGCUUCAGUCGAUGUCCCUUCCGCAUCUGAGGCGGCAUCAGAGCUUGCUGCGCCAAGCUGCACAGUAUGGGGGUCUCGUGCGUAAAGCUCUGAGCUGCGCCGCGAGUGCUGCAAAGUUCCUCGAGUCUGUCAGUGAACCACCCCGUACGGGUUUUGUAGCCACGAUGCUCCUGAGCAGCUUCUUCCAGUCAAUAGCCCUGGGAGUGAUAGUGCUGAAUGCCGCUUGGAUCACGGUCAUGACAAACUACGAGCUGUCCCGACCGGGCGAAGAGGUGCAGCAGGUCUUGGAAGUCGAACUGGCUUUUUCUGCCUUCUACCUCUUUGAGGUCAUGGCCAAGCUCUACGUCCACCGCUUCUAUUUCUUCCGUGCGCAGGACCGAUGGUGGAAUAUUUUUGAUUUCUUCCUCGUCGUGACUGUCCUGGUAGAGCACCUCCUUACAGCCAGUGCUUCUGGCAGUGUGAGCAGUGGAUCCGGAUUUGAUGUGAUGUUCCUGCGGCUUCUCCGCCUCUGCAAGUUGGCUCGGAUCCUUCGCAUCUUCCGGCAGUUGCAGUUCUUCCAGGAGCUCCGACUUAUGCUGGAGUGUGUGGCAGGAUCUGUGGUGAAUGCUUUCUGGUGUGUCAUUUUGCUAUUCUUCACCAAGUUCAUCUUCGCCCUUCUCCUGGGGCAGGCGUUGGUAGGAUACUUUGCUGACAUUGCAAACACGGGAGACCUCACCUCAGAGCACUCCAGAGAGCUGCAAUCCUUGUUCCGCAAUGUGUUUCAGACCAUGAUCACUCUCCUUCAGGCCACAACUGGUGGCAUUGACUGGAAUGAGCCCUACAAGGCGCUUGAGAAAACCGGGUGGGCAAUGCCUGUGAUCUUCGUUAUGUUCAUCCUGCUCUUCGUCGUGUCGAUCUGGAACAUUGUGACGUCCAUCUUCGUGGAGGCUGCGCUAAAGGCUGCAACGCCGGACUUUGAUUCUGUGGUGUGGGAGCAGACCACCCAGGAAAAGAAGCUUUCACAGGAGCUCAUCGAUGUUUUCGUGGGUCGCGCAACCUAUCAUGGCGAGGACGUCGGAUCCAUUUCCCUCGAGGCCUUCCGACCGAUCGCGGAGGAUCCCCGGUUCCGGGGAUACUUGUCCGCAAGGGGCAUCGACAUCAAGAAUGUCGAGUCAUUCUUCAACAUGCUCACCUCGGAUAAAGACAAGCAGGAAGUGGACGUUCGAACGUUGGCCAACGCCUGCGUUCGGAUGAAAGGAUUUGCAACCAGCAUUGAUCUGCUCCAGAUGAGUUUCGACAUGAAGACCACCUUCCGCCAGCAAACAGGUUUGCUCCGCCGGUUCGCGAGGAGCCUGAAGCGUAUGGAGGACAUGAUGAUGGACCAGUCCCCGAUGGCGCGAAAGGGAACAUCCAGGCUGAAUGUCUUCACCGAGCUGGGCGAUCUCGGUGUACAAAGUGACGAUGUCACAAGCGUCGCUUCGCCCAAGACGGGUAUUUGA